AUGAUCAGCUGGCUGUGGGACAGCGGCACAGCGUGCGUGGCUACCGCUGCGGUCUUCUUUGCAUUCUCUGUCCUGGCUGUGAAGCUGCUGGGCAGCCGCAUCCCCGUUCUUGAGAUCACCACCGUCCGCUCCUCCCUCAGCCUGGCCGUCACCCUGGCCAUCGCGCGGCUGCGGGGCGUCACCCCCAUGUUUGGCCACCGCCCCGCCCUGUGGAAGCUGAUCGGGCGCGGCGUGUCCGGGUCCAUGGCCAUGGCCACUUACUAUGCUGCGGUGGUCACCCUCCCCCUGGGUGACGCCACCGUGCUCUUCUUCACUAACCCGGCCAUCACGGCCGUCAUGGCAUGGCUCAUACUGGGGGAGCACCUGGGGGGCCGCGGCGCCCUGGGCUCCCUGCUCAGCCUGGUGGGGCUGGUGGUGCUGGUGCACCCGCCAUUCCUGGGGGGCGGCCACGCGGACUGGGGGCCCAGGCGGCUGCUGGGCGUGGCCUGCGGCGCGGCGUCCGCCCUCUUCAGCUCUGGUGCCUUCAUCUUCAUACGCUUCAUCGGCAAAGCAGAGCCCGCCCUCGUGGUCGCCCUGUACUUCCAUGCCUGCACUGUGGUGCUCUCCAUUGGCCCCCUGGCCGCCGGCUGGCCGCAGCGCGCGACACUGCCGUCCGCCUCAGACGCGGCCCUCCUGGGCGCCAUCGCCGUCACCAGCUUUGCCGGGCAGCUGCUGCUGACGCGCGGCUUCCAGCUGGAGUCGGCCUCGAGAGCGGCCUCCAUCAACUUCUCGCAGGCGAGCUUUUCAUGA